AUGGGGCAUCAAGAGUACUCAUCAGAAUUCAAGAACCAAGUGGUUCAAUUCAUCAUUGGAAGGUGCGUCGGCAUUGUUCCUCCUCGCGGCACACUUAAGGAGGCACAACUCAAAUUCAGAAUCUCCCGUCAAACAUGUACACGAUGGUGGAAUGCUGCAAAGAAACAACAACAAAGAGGACAAUCAAUGCAAUUGCUAGACAGGAUCUUGAACAAGAUCAAGUUCAGGAACAUGUACAACACCAUACACAUUGAUGAAAAGUGGUUCUACAUGACAAAAGGAGCUCAAAGAUUCUAUCUUGCUCCAGGAGAGGAAGAACCUCAUAGAACACUGUGUAGGCCCUUGUUUGGUGUUAAUGGUGAAGUCUUGUUUGAUGGAAAAAUUGGAAUUUUUCAAUUUACCAAACAAGUUCCUGCCAAAAGGUCAAGCAAGAACAGAAUGGCAGGCACUUUGGAGACAAAACCCAUAGAGAGUAUCACAAAAGAUGUGACCAGGGACUGCUUGAUCAACAAGAUAUUACCUGCCAUCAAAGCCAAGUGGCCCGAUGGGGCAACUAAAGUUCUCAAGAUACAACAAGACAAUGCAAGACCACACAUCAAAGACAAUGAUCCAGCUUUCAAAGAAGCUGCACAACAAAGUGGUUUCUCAAUAUCACUUGUGCAACAACCACCUAACUCACCUGACACUAAUGUCAAUGAUUUGGGUUGGUUCCGAGCAAUACAAUCACUGCAAACUCAGACUGCAUGCAAAAAUGUGGAUGAUUUAGUGAAUGCAGUGGUGCAAUCAUUCAAUGAAUUACAGCCACAGACUUUGGACAAUGUUUUCCUAAGUCUUCAAGGAUGUUUCAUGGAAAUCAUGAAAGUUCAGGGGCAUAACACAUACAAACUGCCCCACAUGGGGAAAGCACAUUUAAGGAGGACGAAUCAACUUCCAAAGGAUCUAGAAGUUCCAGUGGAGCUGUCUAUGCAAACAAUUGCUUACCUGCGGGACCAAGGGAACAACGAGGGAUUGGAGCUGAUUGCUCAGUCAUUAGGAUUAUGA